AUGAAGAUGGAUGAAAGGACCUUGCAGGUUGCUACUUGUUGCAAUCUUGGAGUUGCUCACCCUCCUGGCUACCCCCUGCACACCAUUUUGGGAGCGAUCUUCGUACGCGCCAUCCCCUAUGGGUCGCCAGCCUUCCGUGUCAACUUGCUGUCAGCUCUGUCAGCCUCGAUCGCCGCUGGUUUCUUUUCAGCGUGUCAAACCUCCUCCUGCGAACUAAGAUCGUUCAGUCAAGCGCAAGCAAGCAUGGCGAUGACGAGCUCGAUUGUUCGAGCAUGGAGCGCUUUCUCUUUUGCCUUUUCGCCUCUCGUCUGGACAUACGCAACACAUGCUGAAGUGUUUGCGAUGAACAACAUGUUUGUCGCCGUUCUGCUCUUCCUUCACCUCAGAUUUGCUCUCACAAAAGAUCCCAAGGGUAAGAAGUUGAUGAUUGAGUGUGGAAAUCGAGGACAGAGCAUGACGGCGAUCAUAUCAGAUGCUCAGACAGCAGCAAUGGUCAUCGGACUUGGAUCGUGGGGAGCGACAGAUAGCAUGGAAGGGUUGAUCAGACACGUGCUUCGAUCAGAAUAUGGAACUUUUCGGUUGUACUCUGGUGAUGAUCAGCAGGUACAAACCAACCUUACAAACUUCCUCGUCAAGUUUGGUUGGGAGCUCCUGCAACAAACGCACUACGUUGGCGUCUUGCUCGCAGUCGUCGGAUUCUUCUACCUCUUCACAGGUGGCAAGAAGAACGUGAGAGACAAGGACAAGACAGAUUCAGCUGCGAGGUGUGAGCAUGUUGUUGCUAAGGAGCUGUUGUACCUCCUCUCCUUCUACCUCCUUGUCUUCGGCUCCCUCUCAAACCUCCCGGACAAGAGCCAGAUGCACCUCGGGGUUCUUAAGAGGUUUUGGAUGCAAGCCAACUUGGUCGUGUCGGUCUUCAUCGGUGACGAUUCUUGUUCCCUCAACGCUGUUGAGAUGUUGUUACUUUGUCAUGAGGUGUGA